GGCUUGCGCGGCGGUGGGAGAGUCGGGCAGCGUUUGCCGCGGGGCGUGCGCGGUGACUGUGAGAAACUCGGAGACGAUCGCUUCUCCUGGCCGGCAUGAGUCUGCAGUGGACCGCGGUGGCCACCUUCCUGUACGCGGAGGUCUUCGCUGUGCUGCUGCUCUGCAUCCCCUUCAUUUCUCCCAAGAGAUGGCAGAAGAUUUUCAAGUCCCGCCUGGUGGAGUUGGUAGUGACCUAUGGCAACACCUUCUUUGUGGUUCUCAUCAUCAUCCUCGUGCUGCUGGUCAUUGACGCAGUCCGUGAGAUCCGGAAGUACGACGACGUGACGGAGAAGGUGAAUCUGCAGAACAGUCCCGGGGCCAUGGAGCACUUCCACAUGAAGCUCUUCCGUGCCCAGAGGAAUCUCUACAUCGCCGGCUUCUCCCUGCUGCUGUCCUUCCUGCUUAGACGCCUGGUGACGCUCAUCUCCCAGCAGGCCACACUGCUGGCCUCCAAUGAAGCCUUCAGAAAGCAGGCAGAGAGUGCGAGCGAGGCGGCCAAGAAGUACAUGGAGGAGAAUGACCAGCUGAAGAAGGAAACAGCAGCAGGAGGAGUCAGGCUGGAUGGCAGGGAUGCCGAGAGGAAGGUGGAGGAAGAGAACAGGAGCCUGAAGGCUGACCUGAGGAGGCUGAAGGACGAGCUUACCAUCAACAGGCAGAAGCUGCAGAAAGCCGAGCACGAGGCCCUGGCCAUGCGGAAACAGUCCGAAGGCUUGACCCAGGAGUACGACCGCCUGCUGGAGGAGCAUGCAAAGCUGCAGGCGGCUGUGGACGGCCCCACAGACAAGAAGGAGGAGUGAAGGCCCCUUCCCGGCCCGCCGCCCGCUGCCUCCGGAGCCUCCUCACCCUUGGUCUUGGGUUUGCUCCCUCUGCUUCCCCCCCCUCAAGCCGCUUGAGUUCUGUUCUCUCCCCCACGUUCCACAGGGGCGGGCUCAGCCCAGUAACAUGGCCCCAGCCGGCGCCCAGCCCUCGGAGGGGAGUGCCCGCGGCUGGCUGUGCCGGGCUUGCUUCCUGCCGGGCUGAGGUCCUUCUGUGUUGUACUUUCAAGUUACUUCAGGGCUCCAAGGCCUGUUUUCUCUGGUCCUGCCGGAGGCGGGUGGAGGGAGCAGGGGAGUGUUUCUCUUGAAGGCAAUUAAAGUUGUUAUGAUGUUGCUGGUGUGUGGUGUGGCUCAGGC